AUUUUCUUAUAUAUCACAGAACAUCCAAUCCAUAAACAUCAACAACUACUUCUUUCCAAAACCCUUCAAUUCAAAUUAUUAUACACCAUAUGGCUAGCUAUGGCACCAUGCAAAGGCCAUCCACCACCUCGACAUCAACACUUCCAACAACUACACAUCCCCAUGAACCAAAAGACACAACCAGAAAAACCCGCAACGACUUCAAGCUCCUCUUCCCCUUCAACAUCCCCGCAACCCCCGAAGCUGCCGCGGUUCGUAUCAUCCGAAACCUGGGCUAUUUCCGAUUGUACUACAUACUCUUCAUAUGGACCAUACUCUUCAUAACCCUUCUGCCUAAGCGCAAAGUUUCCUUGAUUUUCUUGGUGGCAAUGACUGCUGUGACCUGCUUGUACCUUGUGCUAUUAAGGGUAGUACCUAAUUCUGUUGUGCUGCACAAGAUCAUUGAUAGAAGACUGGUCCUGGCCUUGUUGGCCAUUGUGACCAUGGUUGAGCUCAUACUUACCCGUGCAGCCCUUCAUCUGUUUCUGACUUUAGGUUGUGGGACGCCAGUUGUUUUGGUUCAUGCAGUUUUGAGGGUGAGAGACGAUCUUUUUGUUGAGGAAGAGGCUAGCGCUGCUGGUGAAUUAGUUCCACUCAGACCAACUAGUGAGCCCAAAUUAUCUGAUGCAGUGUGAUAAUUUUAUGGAUUUGUGAAUUUGAGAAUUUUUUUUUUUUUUUUUUUUUU